AUCAGCUGUUUUGUUGUUUGGUGAUAUUCUUUUUUUUAUUGCUCCAAACUGAUAAGAAGCGACGCAAUUUGGUUGUGCAAGCAAAAAGAAAGAACUCCCCCCCAAAAUUUAGCUCAAUAUGAGCGGCAACAUACACGGCAUCAGUUGGUUCCCCAACUUCCCGGACAAGUUCGUGUCCUGGGGCCAGGAGAUCAGUCUGUACGAGGUGCGCACCAAGGACGAUCCAAGCCAGAAGAGUCGUCUUCCCUACAUUCCCGUCAACUAUCUGAGCAACGAGACUCGCUAUCAAUAUGCCCGCUGCGUGGCCGCCUCCUAUCACAGCGAUCAGCCUAUCAUUGCCGUUGGCCUGGCCGAUGGCAAAAUUGGCAUAUGCAAUUUCCGGGACACCUACGACAGCAGCUGGGAGUACACGCCGCGACAACAACGCAUGUGCACGUGCCUUGCGUGGCAUGAGCUGGAUGCGAAUAUAUUGGCCAUCGGGCAUGAUAAACAUCGUUCCGAUUCGUGUAUCACCAUCUGGGACAUUGAGCGUGGCGUGCCCAAGGAGACGGCCAAUUUCUUUGGUGUCGCCGAGGCAGCGAAUUCACUCUGCUGGGAUCACAAUCAUCGCGUGCUCAUCGCCGGCAUCAGCCAGAAGUCGAUCAAACUCUUCGAUUUGCGACAGAGCAACGCCACCUGCCAGUCCAUACAGACGAAGACGGUGCAGGGACUCGCUGUGGCUCCCAACGGCAACUAUCUGUGCAGCUAUGUAGAUUCGGUGAUUAUGUUGUGGGAUUUGCGUGCAAUUGAGCGACCACUGCGCCAGAUUGCAUCCUCACGGAAUCACAUGCAGAUCGCCUGGUGUCCAACGAGAUCUUCGCUGUUGUCCUCGCUGCAGCGGGACUCGCCGUAUAUAACGCUCUACGAUAUACGCAGCGUGGACAACGAGUCCAGCCGCGACGUGUACCAUGUGAAGCGACAAAUUAGCCCCUUCCCGGCCAAGUAUCAGCACAGUGGCAAAUUUGCCGCUGUCAAUUGGCUGUCGUGGCAUCCGCGUGACUUUGAACGGGCACUGCUGCUGGCUGAUGCAUUGAAUAUCCUGGAUUUUCGACUGCCAGCUAGUUUGCAUACGGCGUACAGCAAUCGCAGCAAGUUGCCGUUGCUCAUGCAACGUCCACUUUAUGCACCAGCAGGAGGCGGAGUCGGUGGCGGAGUCGUUGCCUCGCCAACGGCUGGCAGCAGCCAACAGCCAACGACGACGACGACGAGCAGUUGCAGCACAAACAGCGUCGCCAGCUCGCUAAACGAGUUUAGUGUUGGCUCAUCUCUGAGCUUUGAUUUCCUGGAGCGUGAGCUGUUCGAGGAAGAUCUGCUGGAGGAGACACGUCAGCGUGCCCAGCAAGAUUACGGCAUGCGGCCGGACAACAAACGAUUUGUCGAACAGCAUUUGACGCCGUAUUUGCGCAAUGUGUGGAUGACGCUGACGAAUGUCCACUGCGAUGAUCGGCUGACGGGUCUGAAGGCCACGCUGGGCGUCAAUCUGGGUCACACCUCAGAGGCACUGAUGGCCAGUUCGCGCAUCGAAUCACAACUGCUGCAAUGGCCCGAUGGCAUCAACAAUUCCAACAAACUGGUCUGCUAUCGAAGCGAACAGCGGGACUUGGCACUGAAGCUGUGCGGCUGGCCCAUUGAGCAGGAGCUGGACCGUUUCAUCGAUGAGCUGUACGCGAGCAAGGAGUUCAGUCGAGCGGCCAUGAUCUGUGUGUUCCAUCUGAAGGUGCUCGCCGCGUGCAAUAUAUUGUCGCGGGCAGCAGAUAAGAUGCGUGAUCCGAGCAUGUAUCGGAUUACUGCAAUCGCCUUGUCCAGCUUCAAUGCGGAUCGCUGCAGUUCGACGUGGCGCAAUCAGCGCUCCAGUGCCAAUAUGCAAAUCCAGGAUCCGCAUUUGCGUGCCAUCUUCUCCUUUCUCACCAUGGAGGCGGACAACUUUGAGGCGGUACUCCGGGAGGAGGGCGUCUCGCUCGCUGAUCGCGUUGCCUUCGCCUGCAAAUAUUUGUCGGAGACGAAGCUGGCGGAUUAUGUGAAGCAGCGCAUUCAGCGCGCCAUCGAAUGCGGUGAUCUCAAUGGGCUGCUGCUCACUGGAGAAUCGCUGGAUGGCAUCAACAUCCUGCAAGCCUAUAUGGAUGCCAGUUUCGAUGUGCAAACUGUGGCACUGGUGGCCAUCAAUUAUUUCCGCAACGAGCAUUUUGUGGACAAGCGCAUCCAGUACUGGAUAGCCAGCUACCUGGACUAUCUCAAUAGCUGGGGUCUGUGGGAGAAGCGCGCCGAGCUGGAUAUUAAAAUCGAGAAUAUACGUCCAUCGGCGAGAAGUUCGCGCACUGUGUUCCUCUCCUGCAAUUUCUGUGGCAAAUCCGUGUCCAAUGCGCUGCUCGAUGAGCCGCGAACGCGCAGCACGAGCACCAGCACAAACCGUUUAUCAUCCUGCCCCAAUUGUCGGAAGCCCUUGCCCCGCUGCUCACUGUGCCUCAUGCACAUGGGCACCAUGAUGAAUAUGAGUGCCGGCGACACAAAUGCAUCCUCCUCCGUCUCCAACGCAACGGAGCUGCAAGGAGGCUGGCCAAUGAAACCGUUCUCCAAGUGGUUCGCCUGGUGUCAGACUUGCCGCCACGGCGGUCACACCGAGCACAUUAUGCAGUGGUUCAAGCAAAACUCCGAGUGCCCAGUUUCCUCGUGCAAUUGUCGCUGCUUUGACAUGGAUGGCACCAAGCCGAAUGCAUUGCGUGAGAUUUCCUAACUGCUCACGCAGAGCAACUACAUUUACUAUUACUAUUUACUAUAUAUAUACUACGAUACGCCCAUGCCAUAUGGUUCGCCUUAAACUGAAAAGUGUUCAUUGUACUUAUAUAUAUAUACAUACCGCGGUUAAUGUGCCCAUAGCAUAAGUUUAUUAUGACCUAUCAGCUAUUAGCUGCUCAAUUGCAUUUUAUACAUACAUAGAACAAAACAAACAAAUUAAAAAUCACAAAUAAAUGACGCAAAGAAAUGUCCAAAGCUAUUAGCGCCAAUUUCAAAUCCAAA